GUCAAUUUAUUAAGAAAUUAGCUGUUUACUCACAAAAGCUGUUUAUACAGCACACUGAAGAAUCUCUUCCAUAGACCUCUGGUCUCCCCUCAAGAAAGUCGGACUGCCUCCCUGUUGCCAGGCAACAACAAAACACUGUCGCUGCCCGAAUAGGUGUUUUGAAGUGUAGCUCUUGCAUUUUAGAUAUAACGUAACAAUAAAUGUAACCCUUGUCGCAAGGUUCAGGAUAGAUUCAUUGGACUUUUUAUCCCGGUUUAAGAAAUUACAUUCAAAUAUUUCAGUAUACCGAAUCUACAGGCUUAGUGAGAAAUAAUCCACAUUUUCGGACUGCGAUGUAUUAUUGAUCGUUACGUGUCUUUAGUUGGGCUAAAAACCAGUGAGGAUGAACUACAAAGAACUUGUAAAGGAAGUCACAAGACUCCUGGAUGAGUUUCAAGAAGACAAACAAUGCAUUGACGAGUUUACACAGGAUGCUGUCAAGGAUCUUAAGAAUAUUUCCUCUGCUGAUCAGGACUUUAUUAUUGAUACUUUGUAUGGAUGCAUCACGCACAAAAGGUUUUUGGAGGUUGUGAUCAACAUCUUCUACAUUCACUAUGGGGAAAGCUUACUCAGAGUGGACCGAAACCUGUUCAUUGUUGUCUGUUAUCUUGCAAUAUUCUGUCUUGAUGACCUGGGAAUGGAGCAUUUUAGCAGAAUUAUCAAGUCUCUAGACAUCUCAAAAAUGCACAAAUUCCUCAGUUUUUUCUUUAGCGCCAACAACCUCACAACCCACAUCCAGGAGGAAUGGAGUCACAUCUAUGAUGUUGCCAUUGUAAAGAGUAACUGGAUCACCCCAUUGAUCAGAUGGUGCAGUGAGAUUGAUCUAUUGUUGGAUCAACUUGCCAAAAAAAUGGGCAAAGGAAGUCUGCCGAAGAAAUCUCCCAGAAAAAACACAGAACCCAGGGAAUUUGAUCUGACCAAGCCCAAAGUUCGACCACUCCCUGCUCCUGAAGUCAUUCCAAAGCAGGACAAGCCCAAGCCGGCGCCAGCCAGCACUCACAGAUCUCCAAAAGAACCUGAGAUUCUGGUCGAAAGGAAACAGAGCAACCGAAAGAAAGCACUAGAAGUCCUAAAUGAAGCAAACUCACAGCAGUUCAAAUGUGCAAACCCGCAGAAGUCUGAGAAAACUCAGAAUGUGAUAUCCCAGAUUCUUCAAAGCCGUGAUGGAGAACUCAAAUUUGACAAGCUUUAUGGUUCUGGCAGCCCUGCCACCAAAAAGACAAACAGCUUACCGGUCAGACUGAACACAACAGCCAUCCUGCGUGAGGGAGCUUUGUAUAAUCGUCAGUUGGAAGAAGAACUGAAAAGAUUAGAGCGUUUGUCGCAGGGUGCAAACGAGCCGUCUGUGUACCUGCAGUGGCAGAAGGAGAUGAGAGAGAAGGAUCUUCAAGAAGAACUAGCUGAACUAGAGCGCCGGCGACUGGAGGGGCGGAUCAGCCAUGAAGAGGCAGCGCUCGCACGAGAACGUGUCCUGGAGCGUAACCACCAUAAAGCUCAGCAGACUAAGGAGGAGACUGCGGAGCUCAUGCGCAGAUAUGCAGAGAAGCGUCUGCAGGAGGAGAAGGAAAUGAGGGAUCUGGUGCAGCAAGUGGCUGAUGGUCACAAGAACUCCAAAGCAGCCAAAACUAAGCUACAAGAAAUCAAACAACGCAUAGUUAAGGAGGUCUCAGAGCAGAACAGGGAACUUCUCAGCCAGGCCCUGGAGGAUGCCCAAGCAGAGCUCAGGAGGAAGAUGGAGCUUAUAUGUGAGAUUCGUGCUUUUGAGUCAAUGUCUAUGGUCAGACAAAAGCUUGUGGAUGACACAGAGCUUGCCGGUCAUGACUUGCUGUGUGAGAUGUCCCUGGCGGAGCUGCGAGAGCGUCUGACACUGUUGAGAGAGUCCGAGCAGUGUAAGCUUGAGGAGAGGAGACAGCGAAUCCUUGAGGAGAAACAAGUCAAAGAACAUCUUCUGCUAGAACAGCUGGACAACAUCGCUCUGCACAGAAGUCUGGCAGAACAGGCCGCUGCACGCAGUCAAGAGGAGAAGAGGUUGAGAAGUGAACUGCGGCAGGCAGUCUGUAAAGAUGAGAGAGUUUUGGCCCUUCAGAAGACCCUACAGCAGAAACAACAGGAAAAACACAAGAGGAAGACUGAAAAGAACAGUAUGAAGAGAAAUGAGCUGCUGCCUCCACUCACAGUCAAGAACUCCAUCCAAAAAAAGCAGCAGGUUCUUGAGGAACAGCACUGGCAGGAACUGGAGAGAACUUUGGAACAACAGGUUCAUCGGUCAUCCAAAACAAAGUAGUUUCAGUCAGAACCAGAGGCAAGUUUUCUGUUAGACUCAUACCUCAAGAUCAUUAUAAUGUAAAAAAUUAAUAAUAAUACUUAUUAGUGUUUGUUUUCCUUGAAUCAGUGUAAUGUAUGUUAGAAAUAUAUCUAAAGAAAUGGUGAUAAUAAACAGUGCCUGUAGAAAAUCAUUGUCCUCCUUCAGAAUAGUUGCUUUUUUUGCCCUAAUACAUGCAAGUAACGAAAAAAGGCAACAAUUCCAAAAAUGUAUAAAAGCUAGAAUAAUAGGGUUUGAAAAGUGAUCAUACCCCUGGAUUUAAGACUUUUUAGAGCUAACGUUUUGCUUUAAGUACAGCCAUCGGUCUGUUUGAAUAUGUCUAGCUUCACGCACCUAGAUUGGGGAAUACUUGCCCAUUGUCCGAGUUUAGUCAAAUAGCAGGGUGUGCGUGAUGGACUGCUCAGGUUUUCUAUUGGAUUUAGGUCAGAGCUCUGACUUGGCCACUCAAGGACUUUGACCUUCCUAUCCUUAAGCCAGUGCAUUGUUUUUUUUUGAUGGAGAGUUUAUGGGCAUGGUUGUGUUAUAAGGUGAACCACCUGCCAUCUUCAGUUGUCGAGCAGAGGGCCACAAAUAUUCCUCAAGAAUUUGGGUGAACAUGGCAGCAUCCAUUUUCCCCGCUGAAUAGAAACACCCAACAACAUAAUGUUGCCACCACCAUGCUUCACCAAAUAUAGCACUUGGUGUUCUGCCCAAAAGGUUCCAUUUUUGUCUCCGGCUGUUAGAAGAGAGAGAGAGAAAAAAAAAGUGACCAUUCCAAAGGGGUAUGCUGAUUUUCUAUAGACACUGUCUUUAGUAUAAACAAUGUUAUAUAUAGUUGUAUAUUUGAAGUGUGUUUUUUCCUCCAUCUCAGUUAUCAAAGCGCAGGCCUGGCUGAUUUAAUCAAGGAAUUGUGAUGGAUUACGGAUUUAUUUACUGUUAAGUGUGCUGUGUUUUGACUGUGUUUUUCUUUUCUCAUACUGUAAUAUUUCUAGUCAAAAUACUGUAAUAACACCUUCUCUAUACUAGCCAUGCAAGCAAUAAAAUAAGGACACCAGAACAAGCCUUCUUAGUAGAACAUUUUAGUGUAGAUCUAAUUCAUUUUAAGAGUUACUGCAUUUUCCUGUUAUUGCAAAAGAACAAGAGAAAUUGUUUAGUAAUUUCAGAGUAAAUUAUUCUAAAACAUCAAAAAGAUGGACACUGAGCUACAAAAACAUACAUUAAACAGUUCCAAAUUUUGUAAGCAAAGUAUUGCACAACAUGUACCAUAACAAUAUGAACAUUCUUGAAAAAUUAUGCAAUGGUAUUUAGUGGACUGCAUCAGACGUGUGCAACUUACAAUCAUCUACUAUACAUUAUUAAAAAGAAAUCAUUGAAACAAGAUUAUACCCUAAAUUGAGAUUUUAUACAGUCCCUCAAUUUGUAUUUGGGUGUAAACUAUUUUUAAACCACAUGGUCAAUUAUAGUGGAUAUGUGUCUGUGAACAGGACAGCCCUAGUGUCUGACAAGGAGAAAAUAAAAAAAUAAUUUCAAGCACAAUACAUUUAUAAAAAAAAAUAGAUCAUCCAGUUUCUAAUGUAUCUCUUUACCCACUGAUAUUUUAAGAUAGUGUAUUAAGUAACAAAAAGUAGAACAUGUACAUAUUAUAACUAUAUUACUCUUUGAGAUGAAAUAAAAGGUUGCAUGUUAGGAAAAUAAACCGAAGUGAUGCAGCUACAGCUGGUUUGCGCUUUCAUAAUCCUAUGUGCCAAAAUCCACAAAGUGCUUAGGUAAAGUGGUUACAUCAUAAGUGGUUGUUACAGACAUCUAGUGUUAAACACAUGAUACACAAGUGAAGUCUUAAAAGUGAAAAACAAGAUUUGUACAUUCUCUUACUGUAUUCUGGUAUACUUCUGAACUGAUCUGGAUAGCUAGAUAGAUAAUAAAGGGAGUUCUUCUUAAAAGAAUAGUUCACCGAAAAUUAAAAAGGACAUCUUUCCUCAAUGAAUCAUGAGAGGGCAGACAAAUAAAUGUCU